AUGCAUCUAAUGAAUGGAAAAAUGGUGGACGACAUGGAGCUACAGGAAGCUAAGGAUAAAGUCCUCCAGCUCAUGAAAGAUAAAGAUAAAAUUGAAUCGGAAUUGAAAGCAUUAAAAGAAAUUUUAGAUGCCAAUCGUGUCGGUAUGGAUGAAAAUCUAGUCGAUUCUGAAGGAUAUCCACGACAGGAUAUUGAUGUUUUCCAAGUCAGACAUGCAAGACACAAAAUAAUAUGUCUCAGAAAUGAUCACACUGCAUUGAUGAAUAAAAUAGAAGAAGGUCUGCACAAAGUGCAUGCUCUAGCAGGAAAUGAACGUUCUGUUGCAGCUGCAACAAGUAGUAUUCAAGAUAGUUUACAAUUGGAGCCUUUUUUGAGAGUAAACUUAGUAACCCAUGGUUCGCCAGCUGAGUUAGCGGGAAUUCAAGUUGAAGAUCUUAUAUUAAAAUUUGGAGGUAUUGAUUAUCGGAAUUUUAAAUCAUUAAAGGAUAUUGGUUCAUUAGUAACAAGCAGCGAAAAUAUGCCAAUUGAGAUAAAAGUUAAACGUGGAUCUAAUAUUGUAUCAUUGACUUUAGUUCCACAUCGUUGGAGUGGCAAUGGCCUUCUAGGAUGCAAUGUAAUGUCUAUAGAAACAGUUGAAAGAUAAAGCUUCUAAAAAAAGUGCAUGUUUAUAAUUACGGAUUAUUUUCGUGUAUGUUAAAAAUAAAGGAAUAUUUGUACA